GAUUUAGACCCUGAAUUUCGCCAAGAUAUUUUCACACAAGACGAUUAUCAUUAUUUGAAUGUUCCUGUGGUUGGAUCAUUCACAGUGGACAACGCCUUUGACUGUACGUUAAAGUGUCUUAGAAAUCCUUGUUGCUUUUCUGUUAACCUGGCCGCCUACAGAGGAGCCAAUGGAAAGAUAUGGUGCGAGUUGCUGUCCUCUGAAAAGCACAGCAACCCCGAGAAGUAUAAAAGAAACCAAACCUCGCAUCACUUAAGUACCAUCCUAAAGGUAUAGCAUUAUCAUUAUCAAAUGAAUGUUAUUAUUAUUCAUUGUCAUUGUCAUGAUCAUUAUCAUCGUCAUCGUCAUCAGCAUCAUCAUUAUCGUUAUCGCAGGAGACCAUAACCCGGAGUGAGCAACUCCCAUAGUAGGCCUAUGUCACGGCGGUUUUACGGACCAGUUUAUUUUUAGACACAUUUUAGGGCACUUUUUCCCGUGAAAAUAGAAUCUCCACUGCAUGUCUAUUAGCGCAGUCGAAGUAUAAGAUGUCAAAAAGUAAAACUAAAUGUCAUUAAAAGGCAAAAAAUAUCCCUUUAAGUCUGCAGGUUUUGUUGACUGGUAUGUGGAAUUUAAAAGAUAUUCAAAAUUGGUUGUUUUAGUAGUAAUCAAAGCGGAGCUCCAUGAGUAAGAAAAUUUGCUUAGCUAUGCAUUCAAGAAAUGUAAGUUCUGACAAAAUCGUCCGUACGAUGCGUACGUACGUCCACCCGUUCAUGAAAGCCGGGGUGAAAUUUUGCAUUUCAAGCACCCGCGCGUUUCGGCGGUAAAUCGCAUGGCCACCCGCCGGACUUUUAGAGAGAAAAAAUACAACAACAACAAAGCCGAUCCUUUCUUUCGACUAAAUUUUAACGGUCUACAUUGACGUAAAGUGGAUAACAAAGAAAGAGCUAGAGCGAGAGAUAAAAAAACAAAAGAGACCAAUUUCAUUGGAAGAAAAACGCGAAAAUUUCAUAGGAGCGGUGAGAAAAUAAGAACGUCAGUCCUCUAUAAAACAUGUAACUAGGAAGUGUCUGGAAGUUUCAAGUUGUAGUCGUGCAAAACAACGGCAAAGAAAUGUACCAAAAAAGCGUGCUGCACAUCACGUUUUCGUUGCCGUCGCCGCUUAGCAUUACUGGAUUUUAUGUUUUGUUUGAGUAACCUAUAAAUGUCAACGACAGCUUCGCUUUUAAUUUAGCCCUGGCUAAAUCUAUAUAUUUUAAAAUACUAAUGGUGAUGUUGCUACUUUCAGACCUCAGGUACUCACUGGACAUGUUGCAAAGAACAUACUUGUGCGCAAAAUUCUAGACAUCUCAACUGCCCUUGUAAUGAGGGAAUUAUUGGAGCAUCUUCCCAAACAGGUAACAAAACAAGCGUUGACUGAAACUGAAAAAGUGCCGUUGUCUUAGCUUGAAUAUGGAACAAUAACACUAGCAGGACUACUAGUGAAUUUGAUCAUCUUUUUCAGCGAUCAAGUCAUGUCAAGAUUGGUAUCACUAUAACUCAGACGUGUAGGUAACUUCUUUUUUUCCUUAAGGAUUUUUUUUCUUCGAGUUGGUUUUAAACGACACCAACGCUUUAGUACUGAACAAGGUUGUGAAACUGUUUUUUUUUUUAUGUAAACAGUGAAAAACCAGCAUGUUUUUGACACCCUCAGGGAAUGCUCUAGUGUCCGCUUAAUACAGGUUUCACUGCAGUUGUUAACCAAAACGUUUCUUCUUUGUUUAGCUCAAGCAAUACUCAGGUGAUUACGAUUAUCUUUGACUCAGAGCCAACAUCUGUUCUCUGUCACAUGGGAGAUUUUGGAUGUGGGGUUGGAGGAUGGACACCGGUCAUGAAGAUUGAUGGCAACAAGGUAAGAAGUAGCCUGUGCCAGGCUCUUAGAUGGUAGGGAUAUCAGAGCCUCUGUACGGGUGUUUCCGAGGAAAUCGAACGCGAACAUCGCCAUUGGUUGGGCUGAGCGUACUAGUAGCGUUACCACGCAAAAAAAUGCUCAAUAUGCGACGAUUUCGUGCUCGCCUGAAAAAGCGACCAUUUGAUAGAAAACGCAGGAUCGACGUCGGCAGGUACUCUUGCACAGGCUCGCACCACCAAAAUAAAACAGGCGAAGCGUUCUUAUUCUGCGUUCGGUUCGGUUCAGUUCAUUUUUAUUUAGCCAAAAUAUAAUACAAUACAGGAAUAUAUAAAGAAAAAAAAAAUUGCACUUUAUUUGAGUGUCAAUGUAUUUAGCACGGAGGUGCUAAUUGGGGACACUUUAUUAACGCUGUAGAAGGCCUAAAUGUAAUAAAUGACCCUAAAUGUAAUAAAGUCCUAAAUGUAAUAACAUUUUGUCCUAAAUGUAAUAACAUUUUGUCCUAAAUGUAAUAAACUCUUAAGUUGCAAAUUACGGUAAUUACUCAAAUAAGCGUCGCAUUUGGGGAUUUAAUAAGCGCUGCGUCGCUUAUUCGCGCAAAUACGGUACUAAGAGGUAUUGCUAUGGUUUUAAGCGCCGCAUUUUGGAGGAAAAAAAUUAGCAAGCUUCGGUACAUUUCCUUCUGCACUGUGUAACUUGACGUUUACAAAGAAAUUGCUUGUAAAGAGACAAAAUUAAAAAGAAAACUUGUAAGCCUUAAAAAGUUUUUCAUACUUCAUUUUUGUUAAAGAAAUUUGCUGCAAAAACCGUGGACGAAGAUCUUGUUGCUUGUCAACGUUGGAUCUCUAGAGAUUUAAUCAGCUAAUAGAUUAAGAAAGUCUAAGGGCCUGUUUACAUGGAGGUGGGGGACCCCAAGCAGGUGAGGUAACCCGCCUGUCCACACAAUCUCUCAUUUUAAUUUAAUCCCGUUUACAUGAUAGGUGGGGUGAUCCGCCGCAUACCUAUCUGGGGUCCCCCACCUCCAUGUAAACAGGCCCUAAAGACUACUACACAGCUGAUAACAACGUUUAUAAAUAACUAAGGUAGUACGCGCGCACUCUGAUUGGCCGAGAGAUGUGUUUGCAUGAGAGUAUGCUGACGCGCGCUGACCACACAAGCACGAAUUUCAAAAAGUUUUUGAGUUGAAAACUCGACAAAGUUACUUUAUUUAUCCAUUCCCUCGUCGGAUGAGACUUGGAAAAUCUUUACAAAUAUGCUGUCAAUUUUUUUUGCGCUUGAGCUGACAUUUUAAGCGAGAAAAACCUCUUUUUGGAAAGCAUCUUUACUGCAAAACAAGAACUGAUUACAUGUACAUUAAGCCUCGUGUACAAGACUUCGCGACUGGUAAGAAUUUCGCUUUUAAGGUGGCUGAACACAGUUUUGCGGGCGGUCAGCGGUAACUCGCGUGACCGCGCGUGUUUUUAAUUAGACAAACAAACAUAGCGGCGAAAAAGCAAUGGUACACGGAAGACGAUUUCUCAAAAUCUACUCAUUAAAAUUUUGUGAUAUUUGGCAGAAUUUUUACUUUUAUCGUAUUUUAGAUAAUGAAAACUUUAAAAUGGAGGUUGAACAGACGAAUUUCGUGACACAUUUAAUAAUUACGAUACAAUUAUAUUAUUGAUUAUCUAAAAGUUCGUCUGUUAAAAUUUGAUCAAAUAAGUUUCAAAUGGUAAUGAUUAGUUACAGUAAGCUGUGUGCAAGAUUAUAGGAAAAUCUAAUGAGCGAAUUUUAUGUAAACUGAACAAAAGUGAAAUUUUAAGGUUGUAUUCAAUCGUUCAUGUUGCCAUGGAAACUACGAAAACGUCAAAUUUUACCUGUCAAUCAAAAUCUUUCAUUAGUAUAUUUUCCACCUGCCAAGUUUCAGCUUGUGAGCUCAAACCUUUCUCUUGCCAUGAUUUGGCAAAUGACAUACACUCACAAACUGCCAAAACUGUGUUCAGCCACCUUAAUCAGUAAUCUAAACAAAGAGUUUUUCUUUUUUCUAGGGAAAGUUAUUUGCAUAGUCUAAUAUAAACACUCGAGGGGUUGGGAGAAUUCUUGACAGUUAUGCAAACCCGAGACGACUUCGAGGGUUUGCAUAACUGUCUCGAAUUCUCCACACACAGGAAAAAAGCUUUCUGUUGCUUAAAUAUUGCUUUUUUAGAAAAAUAUUGUUACUUUUCCGUUUACAAGCAAUUUAUUUGUAAACGUUAAGUUUCACAGUGCAUAAGGAAAUGUACCGAAUUUACGCAAAUUAGCACCGCGGCGCUUAUUAACUUUUUCUUCCAAAAUGCGGCGCUUAUUUGAGAGCGGAGCUUAAUACCAUAGUAGUACCGCUUAGUAAGGUAUUUACUCGAAUAAGCGCCGCGGCACUAAUUAACUCCCCCCCUCCAAUGCGGCGCUUAUUUGAAGGCGGUGCUUAUUCGAGUUAUUACUGUAAUUGUCAACUUGAGAGUUUAUUACAUUUAGGGCAAAUUGUUAUUACAUUUAGGACAAAAUGUUAUUACAUUUAGGGCCGUUUAUUACAUUUAGGCCUUCUACAAACGUCUCCUACUGGAGACGGAACCGCCAUUGUAGGUGGUCAUCCGAGCUACGAGAAGGUCUAGCCAUUUGCAGGACAAAGGUAGUACCUUCCUUUCUCAGUUAUUUUAAGACCCUGAGUAUUGGUCCGACUCCGGGAAUCGAACCCGCGACUUCCCGCUCUGCAGUCAAGCACUCUACCGACUGAGCUAAUCCUGCCGCGGUAGAAGUUGUAAGUUGUCAAGGGAGCCCAAAAGAAACUAGAAGGCUUAUGAAGCCUGGGCUCCCCAGUCACAAAGAAAUAAGUAAAAUGAAGUUCGCUGAGUGAUAGGUUAAAAAUAGGAACUAGACAGAGACUGAGUUAAGUUAUGAAUUCAGUAACAAGAUAUAGAACAACGUUCCUAACUCUGGAUUGGUAAUGAUGCACAAAAGCAAAUUUUGUCCCACUUAGGGAGCAUCAAUAAAGUGUAUGUAUGUAAAUAAGUAAUUUAUCGUUCAAUUAAUUUGACGGUCAAGUACUUGUUUCUCUCACAGCAAACUUUUAACUACGGUUCCACUCUCUGGAGCAACAAAGAAACCUAUAACCUUGAAGGAGGGAAGACUGGGUUUGACUCACAGGAGACCAAACUUCCCUCCUACUGGAACACAUCCUUCUCCAAGAUCUGCCUCGAUAUGAAGAUCGGCCAGCAGAUCAAGUUUAUUGUCAUCAACAAGCAGGCGAAUUCCUUGCACUCUCUGAUCGCUGAUGGGAAAUACCGCAGCACCUCACUGGGUCGUGACAAGUGGAAGUCACUGAUUGAUUCUAAUGCCUCCUUGCAGAAAAACUGUAACAAGGAAGGGUUCAAUGCUGUUUGUAGUAAUCUUGGUUAUUCCAAAGCAAGAAUAGGUAUUAUUAGUAACGACGAAGACGCAUGCACCUCUUGUGGCUCUAGAAUUGGAUUUGGUACUGGAGGAUAUCCUGAUAAGAGCAGCUCAUGUGGAAACGAGGCUAGUACAUCUGUCCCAGAUAAUGGCGAAAAGCAUAUUAAGACAAUGGGAUAUAUUUUGGUGCAGUAA